AUGGCGACUUUCAUGGUUUUGGAUCAAACUGAAGAGGACAAACUCCACGCGACGCGGCUUUUGGGUAUCGAAGAACGCCCCUUCAAACGAGUCUCCAAGCGCCUUCUUGCGCCCAGUACUCCUAUCAACUCUUUUCUUGCGCGACCGAGCUCGUCAAAGGACAAUGCGCCCACAGCAGAAUCCGCCGCAGACCAACGUGAGAAUUUCAUCCAAUCCCUGACACGCUUCCGCGAGGACGUAAUCCUCGACUUCGCAGCCUUUGAGUCCUCCAUCGCGCGUACCGAGUUCCUCCGCGCUGCAAAUACCCGUGAGCGCGAGCGCUAUGCUGCGGAAAAACUCAAGAUCGAACAGACCGCCAACGAUGUGCGGGAAAAUCUGUCACAUCUGAGAGUUCAGCUUGACGAGGCACAGAAGACACUCGCUGUUCGAAAAACAUACGAUGUGCUGGCGGAGAAGAUCACUCGAGACGAGAAGUUAAAAGUCACGAGAGCCGAGCAACAUGUCAAUCUCGAGAAACUCAAGGCUGAGAUCGAGGAACUAGAACGUGAGAGCGCCGAAUUGAAGGUGGCUUGGGCCGAGAGGAGGGAGCAGGUUGAACGAGUCGUACAGGAGGGAACGAGAUUGAGGAGAAUAAUAAGAGAUGAGAAAGAGCCAGAACCAGAGGGCGAGGAAAGCGAAGGUGAGGAUGGGGAAAGAGACAGAGAUGGCUUGUCUACCGCGGGCACACCAAGGCCUUUGGAGGAUGCCCCGAGUCCGUUCCCAGCUGGGAUCAGAGGAAGUGGCGUCUUGACACCUAGGUCGAAUCUGCGAGACGGACCUGCCAGCGCCGGAGGGGCUACGCCGCGGCGGAUGGAGGAGGAUGUCGAUAUGCAUGGUAAUACCAGGGUAUCCUCUGCGGAGGAAGAUGCGAGCAAGGAUGCUGCGGCAACUGCUCUUGAGAACGCUGCAGAUGACAUGGACACGACCUGA